GCAGCCCCCAGAUCAACACGUAGGCACUUGGAGCAUUGUGAUUGAUAAAUGAAGGCGCUGUUCAAUUCGGUUACACUCCAAGACUGUUGAAACGACACAAGGAAUAAUCGACAAGUUUGACACGACGUUGGGAAGUCGCCAUGCACAAGCCCAUUGCAAUCGUGGGAAUUGGUUGUCGCAUGCCAGGUGGUGUCAGAUCAACUGAUGAUUUCUGGCAGGUCAUUCGAGAUGGCAAAGACACAAUCACCGAUGUCCCUGCGGAAAGAUGGUCCAAUGAACACUUCUACCACCCGGAUAAAUCAAUACAAGGUAGGAUCGUAUCUAAGAGGGGAGGAUUCAUUGACGAUGUGGAUGUGUUUGAUAAUACUUUCUUUAGGAUAUCACCCAAGGAGGCUUCAUCUAUGGACCCCCAACAGCGCCACCUCUUGGAGGUGGUACACGAAGCUUUUGAAGAUGCUGGGAUUCUUACAGCUGAGGUUGGUGAAGACACUGGGGUCUAUGUAGGUAUCGGGUUGUCAGAUUACCGCUUUCAGUCAACGGAGAGGUCUCUGAUUGAUGCAUAUACCCUGACAGGCAGUUCACAUAGUGUGGCAGCAAAUAGGAUAUCCUACGUCUUUGAUUUGAAGGGACCGAGUUGUGCUGUUGAUACGGCUUGUGCAUCAUCCAUCACAGCUAUGCAUUUUGCUUGUUGUGGGCUCACACAAGACGAGUGUAAAGUCGCUGUGGUUGCUGGAUGCAACAACAUCCUCAUGCCAGAGAUGAGCAUUGGAUUCAGCGCAUUAGGUGUGAUGUCAUCGGAUGGGAGAUGCUGCCCUUUCUCAAGCUCUGCUAAGGGGUACGUAAGAAGCGAAGGGUGUGGUGCCCUCAUCCUCAAGACUCUCUCAAGUGCGCUCAAAGAUGGCGAUCAUGUCUACGCUGUUAUCAGAAGUACUGCUAUCGCAGCUAAUGGUUCAUUCAGAAGUCUUACAAUGCCUUCAGGUGAAGCUCAAGAGAACGUCAUCAGAAAGGCAUAUUCUCGCUGUGAGAUAUCCAUGACGGAUGUACAAUAUGUUGAGGCUCAUGGUACUGGCACACCUGUUGGGGAUCCGAUCGAAGCUGAAGCAAUUGGGAAAGCCUUUGCUCCUUCUCGCCAGUCAGCACUCAAAAUAGGUUCGGUUAAGGGGAACUUUGGUCACAACGAGUACGCCGCUGGGGUUACUGCGAGUAUCAAAGUGGCUUUGAUGUUACAUAGAAGAGAACUUUGUGCGAAUAUCAACUACAUCGAUCCAAAUCCAGCGAUUGAUAUGAAGAAAUGGAAACUUGAAGUCCAAACAAAAUCCGAACCCCUAACCACCGAAAGAAAGGCCGUCUUUGGUUUGAAUAGCUUCGGUUUUGGAGGCGCAGUUGCUCACGCCAUUUUUGAAGAAUCCCCAAGAAUAGUUACUUCUAUCUCAAUGAAUGACUUAAACGCAAGCUGGAAGUUUAGCUCAGAUGACCAGGGAGAAAAUAUCAUAAUCCCGCUUUCAGCUCACACAACGAAGGCUCUUGUUUCCGUCGUGGAUGACUGGAAGAUGUUUAAGUGCGACAAAGAUGCACAGGUUGUUGUUUCUUGGCUUGCCUCUCGUCGUGUACAUCAUGACUGUAGACUUGCUGUCAUUGCUAGCUCUGGGAAAGAGUUCACAGAAAAGCUGAUUAAGUUUUCAGAAGAAGACUGUGACGAUGAAAUGCUUAUGACAGGAACUGCUCGUUCAAAACAACCGAAAGUGUGUAUGGUGUUUCCAGGUCAGGGUCAGCAGUGGAAAGACAUGGGUCGCAAGUUGUACGCUACAGAAGACGUUUUCAAAAGCACCGUUAACUCAUGUGACGUCAUAUUUCAGAAGCUCAGUGGUUGGUCACUUCUCCAUAGGACGUUGCUCUUUGUCGAUCUUGAUCUGUACGCAAACGAUGACGCACCGAAUGUAGACAUCAACGACACGCUGAUAUCCCAACCCGCCAUUUUGUUUUUCCAGAUUGCGUUAUAUCACUUAUGGUGUCACUGGGGCGUUACUCCUGCAGUCGUUGUUGGUCAUAGCCUUGGAGAGGUUGCUGCUGCGUACGCAUGUGGCGGUCUUUCACUUGAAGAAGCUGUUCAAGUUAUUUACCACCGAAGCAACGAGCAGACCAAGUUGAAAGGAAACGGGAGUAUGGUCGCCGUCAGAUUGUCGUUGUUAGCCGCAAAGGAGCUUUGCUCAAGCCAGGACAAUCUCCACGUUGCUGCUGUUAAUUCACCAACGGCAAUAACCAUCGCUGGGUCGACUGGAAGCAUUGAGAAUAUAUCAGACUUUACCAAUCAUGGAGUAAGUGUUGUAAAGCGGCUGCGAGUGGAGAGUGCGUACCAUACACCAAACAUGGACACUAUCAGGGAGCCCUUUAAAGCCGCUAUGGCAGGAGUUAUCAAGAGUGAAUCUCGUCACCAGGAUAUCAAGUUGUACUCUACCGUCACUGGACAACUGUACACGGGUAAUUUUGACACCGAGUACUGGUGGGACAACAUUAGAAACCCAGUUGACUUCCAGACAGCUGUAGAGGAAAUCUUGCAGGAUGAGCAACCGGAUGUUUUUCUUGAGUGUGGGGCAUCUGUAACUCUGCUUUCUCCCAUAAAGCAGAUAGCAAAGAAGAUGGAAAAAGAAUCUUCCGUCGUCACAAUACCGAGUGGAAUGAGAAAACAAGAUGCCCGAGUCUCGGUCCUUCGUGCUCUUGGUGUUCUCUACACGGUCGGCCUCGAUGUCAACUGGCGAAAUAUUACCAAGGAUUGCGCCGAGUGGGUUUCCAUGCCGACUUACCCCUGGCAACACCAACCAUUUUGGGUCGAAUCUAACACAAGACGGAACCAGAGGCUAGGACGAGACGAUCGCACUUUUCAUAGCCAGGGAGGCAGAAUUUCAGUUGAUGUUUUCCCCUUCCUUGCAGAUCAUGUUCUUGAAGGAAAUAUUGUGUUUCCAGGAGCUGGUUACGUUGAGUACGUAAUCGAGACAAGCAUACCGUUGACGAAAAACCCAUGUAUUAAACUCAUCACCUUUAAGAAGAUGCUUCUUUUGUCGAUAGGCGUGACGGGAAAUACUUCAAACACAAACCAGCUCCACCUUGCUUGUGAUAAAGACGGUCCAAAGAUCAACAUCACUGCUGAGAACACGGUGUACAGCUCGGCAUUGCUGGACGAGUCGAUAGUCAACUCCACAUGCAAACCGAUCUCGCUUGACGCCAUUUUGUCCAGAUGCAGGAACAAAAUCUCCUCCGAUGUCUUUUAUGAAGAUCUAUCGACUGUUGGUCUUCAGUACGGACCAACCUUCCAAGUGGUUGAGGAGGCUUUUCUAGGAGACGGUGAGAUUGUUGGUUUCCUUCGCCCAACACCAGCUAACAAACAGCGUCUUCAAAUCACCCAUCUUGAUGGCUGCUUCCAGCUGCUCCUCACUGCCACCAGAUCCCAUUUGAGUCUGUUCGCCCCCGUUGCUAUUGAGUGUAUUCGUAUGCAUGUAGCAUCUGUACCUUCAGGAGAAUAUCUUGUAGCUCAUGCAACAAUCACAGACUACGAGAUGCAGAUGCUGAAAGGAGAUAUUGUUCUCGCCACGAGGGACGGUAAGGUGUUGGUAGAUCUAAAAGGAUGCCAGUGUGCAGCCAUAGGCAUAAAGAGGGCAAAAUGCCACCCGGAUCAGUGGCUGUAUACGACAAAAUACCAAGGUAUCAACUCAGGUCUUCCAAGUACACAGGUUGUGGCAGAAAUCUUCAGCGAGGAAAAGUUACUGAAAUCUACCCUUGAAGAUGUAGAUGUAGUUAUGAGAGCCGGCUCUGCCUUUCCAGUUCUUAAGACAAUCUUGUCUUCUUACGUCUUGGAUGCACUUAACACCGUCCCUCAGCACGAACGAGAUCUAUCAAGACAACGAUAUCUGGGCCGUCUUGAAAAGAUUGCUCAAGAUGAGAGCAUUCCUACAAUACCUCCUGAAGAUAUCAUCGCCACGGCUCUAAAUCUCAAGGCAGGAAACCCUGAUCUUAGAACAGAAAUAAGAUUGGUUGAAAAAUUUGGAAAAAGCCUUCCAGAAACACUUCGAGGACAGUCAUCUGCAAAAUUGAGUGAAUAUGGAUUUUUAGACUACAUCUCAGAAUCUAAAAUUAUGCAGUUGUUCUGCAAGGCUGGCUCAGAGGCUAUAGUAAACGCCAUUUUGGAAGCCUCCAAACGUCAGCAUGUAGUACGUGUGCUGGAAAUAGGAAGUAGAAAUGGUGUAUUUACAAAGGAUGUUGCUGGACAUCUUCAAGAUCUGGGACAGCAGGGUCGGCUGGAAUACACAUGUUUGGAGAGCGACUUGUCUGUUUCUUCACAUCCUCGUCUGAAUCUUGAGAUGUUUCCUUUUCUCAAGUUCAAACAGUUUGACAUUGAAAAAGAUCCUGAAGCAUUUGGACUUGUGCAUGAUUCUACUGAUUUCAUCAUCUGUGUAGAUGUCCUCCAAAAGGUUGUUGACUUGGAGAGAAAGAUAAGCAAACUCAGAAACCUCUUAUGCCAAGAUGGUUGGCUUCUUAUUGUUGGGAUAACGGGCAUGCACUGUGUCGCAGAGGUGAUGCUGGGAACUCAAGUUGGAAAUACGAGUCAAGACACCUGCUGGCUUUCACACAGUGAUUUGGUAAUCAUGAUGAGAAAUCAGGGGUUCCAAGACGUCAGAGCAGUCUCAAUUCCAAAGGAGUUUUGGUGCAGCAUCAUUGUUGGUCGCAAGACACAAAGUGUUGAACAAAAACAUAAAAUUCUCCAAACCCUAUCUCCAGUCUCAAAACCCAAAUGGAUUUUGAUCUCAGAGAAUGAAAUAACUGGUCUUAAAGAAAACCUUCUCAGUAAUAAUCUUGACGCAAUGACAUACACUCCUUUCAAGUUCCAUGAAGUGAUACCCGACAACGAUACACCCAAGACGGCAGAUAAGAAAGUCGUGUACGUGUGGGACAAGAGUGAUGUAAAUGCAAACAUGCUGGUUCGAUUCCUUCAAGAUGUCCUAUCUACAGAAGUUGGGGUUUAUACAAGAGUUUUCAUCAUUUUAAGAGGGAGUGGAGUCGAAGUUGCGGCAGCAGGAGGAGUUAUCAGCACAGUUAGCAAUAAGAGCAGGACACCAAUCGUCUCAAUCCACUUGGAAGACACUACAGAAGAAUCCACAGAUGCACUCUUGGGAUUAUUGACAACAUCUUCUGAGACUCCAGACAGAGAACUCUUGAUUACAUCUGGAAAAGUUUGCGCACCGAGAGUGUUGAGACUUGGUGUUCAAGAAAUUCGAGCCGAACCCUCUGAUUAUUGGCAGCUAGUUUCAAGCCGUGAUCCGACCAAAAAGCCAUCUCUUAAUGACCUCGUUUUCACCCGUACUCCUGAAGUGGUACCUCAUGACAAUGAUGUGGUAGUGAGUGUUCGAGCAGCAUCCAUCAACUUUAAAGACAUUAUGCUUGCUCUUGGUAUGCUGGAUGGACUACAAGAUGACGAUGAGGGGGUACACUUAGGCUUAGAGUGUAGCGGUGUCGUCGUUAAAACAGGUGCACGGGUGACGACGUUGCAUGUAGAUGAUGAAGUGAUUGGUUUCGGACAACAUUGCUUCGCGUCUCACACUACAGCUCACGCAGAGUUACUUGUUUCAAAGCCCAAAGAACUCAGCUGGACCGAUUGCGCUGGAAUUAGUGUUACAUUCUCCACUGCGUAUUACAGCCUCGUCGAGAGGGCGAACCUACAAAGUGGCGAAACUGUUUUGAUUCAUUCAGCUUGUGGUGGGGUUGGAUUAGCAGCGAUCCAAGUUGCUAGAAUGAUCGGCUGUAAAAUAAUCUGCAGCGCUGGGACUGAGGAGAAGCGACAAUUUCUUGUAGAGGAAAUGAGAGUAGAGAUGGUCACAGAUUCCCGCUCGGGAAAAUUUUACGAUGAUGUCAUGGCCUGGACUGAGAAGAGAGGAGUAGAUGUUGUGCUUAACUCGUUGCACGGUGAGCUGUUGGUGAAAGGUAUUGAACUUCUUGCACCAGGAGGAAGAUUCUGUGAGAUUGGAAAGCGAGACAUUCUUGAAAAUUCUCAUCUUCAAAUGAAUCUUUGGCUGGAAAACAAGUCCCUCCUGUCUUGCCAGAUUGAUCGAUUAAUGAAGCUAAAACCCCAAAAGGCUCGUGAUUUACUACAAAAAGUUGUCUCCUUAUUUGAAAAGGGUAUCCUACGACCAACAAUCACCACAGUCUGCUCCAUUGAAAACUACCAGGUAGCGUUUCCAACAGUAGCAAAAGGAAAUCAAAUUGGAAAAAUUGUCUUUGAGAUUCCUAGUGGCUUCAAGCCAUCAGCAGUUGAACCGUCCCCUGUCCUCUUCAAUGAAAGUGCUACCUAUAUUAUCACAGGAGGACAUGGUGGUUUAGGACUUGUGCUAGCCCGAUGGUUGUGUGAUAAGGGUGCUCGACAUAUAGCCCUCGUGUCCCGCAGUGGUUGCGAGUCUGCGUCGGCUAAGCGCACUGUAUCCCAUCUGAGGAAGAACAACACCAAGGUGUAUAACUUUGCCAUUGAUAUAUCAGAAGAAGUCAAAGUGAAGAAGAUGUUCGAUGAUCUGAGAAGUGAGUUCCAGGCUCCAGCUUGUUACGGAAUAUUUCAUCUAGCUGGUGUGAUCGCUGACGAAUCCUUACAAAGCCUCAACCCUGACUUGAUGGAGCGAUUCAUGGGAGCAAAGGCGAGAGGGGCACAUCAUCUGCACACUCGAUCUCUUCAAGAACCUAUCGAUGUCUUCUUCAUGAUGUCUUCGUCAGCGGCACUAUGGAGCAACUCUGCCCAGCCGGGGUAUGUUGCGGCUAACAGGUACCUGGAUGCCCUUGCUGAAGAACGAAGAGCUAUGGGUCUCCCUGCAUUGAGUCUACAAAUGGGAUCUGUGACAGGUGCCGGUUAUUUGGAGAGGAACUCUGCAACGUUGAGGGCGCUAGAGAAGAAAGGACAACUUCACCUCAACAUUGAUGAGAUUUUACGAUGCUUGACACAUCUUAUGCAGAGGAAGUGGCUACCACCUGUGGUCUGCCUAACAAACCAGGACUGGGACUUGAAUCUUAAAUUCUGCUACCCCAACUCCUUAAAGUUUCGACACCUGACCAUCGGCGACAGAGCCAUGAGUCGACAAACAACCAAGAUGACCACCUCAUCAGAGGAUAAAGAGCGCCAGAUAAGAAGGAAGAUGGGAGAAAUUCUCAGUAUGAACCCUCAAGACAUCAACCUCAAGAAGCCAAUGGUUAACUACGGAGUCGAUUCAAUGAUGGCUGUUGAGAUGGUUUCUUGGGCCUCGAACGAACUUGGGUUGGCUAUUACGCAAAUGGAGGUUUUCAGUGGGAUAACGGCAGAGGGCGUUUUAGAAAGAGCGACCUAAAAAGUUCUCACUAUUUCCGUCUCCAAAGCUGACAGUGUAUUUUUACAAAAACUUGCUCAUUCCAUCUCACUGAAUUUUUUUUGACAAGACCCCUAACUCUUUUGAAAUUAAUAAUGUAAAAGCCAAGCCCGACAAAUAACUUCUCAUUUGUAAAUCCAUAUACAUUAAAACUAGCUCAAGGGGUAACGAUACUUUGAUAGGGCACACGCCUGUGCAUAGACCUUAUCGCAAAUACCAAUGCGCAAGCGCAGACUGUUGAAUGAG